ACGAAAUGAUCUGCCCUGGAGCCGCAGCAAAAUGCUGGAUGGACACCUACUCCUGGGAUGGUUAUCGUUCACAGUUAUAGUGCAUCUUCUCAGCUUGCCCGGACCAACCACAGCUUACUUCGGCAAAAAUUCCUCACGGGUGUCGUUAGUGCUCUCCAGAUACAGAGACAAAUGGUUACAGACUGCAGAGUGAUGACACCUGAGGCGUUGCCAGCAUAGUCAAAUUUAUGGUUGACCGGUAAUGAACCAUUGUCUGUUCUGCCACUGAAUUCUCUACCAGAAGAGAGUACGGGUAGGGCCCACUACAAGCUUUGUGACCGUCUCAAACUGGAAAAGAAGCAGCGCAGGAUGUGCAGACGAGACCCGGGCGUGGCGGAUACCUUAAGGGAGGCCAUAAUUAUGAGUGCCUUAGAAUGCCAGCAUCAGUUUCGCUUUGAGAGGUGGAAUUGCACAUUAGAGGGGCGGCAUCGCGCCAACAUAUUAAAAAGAGGAUUCAAAGAGACAGCCUUCUUGUAUGCCAUCUCCUCAGCGGGCCUAACACACGCCUUAGCCAAAGCGUGCAGUGCAGGACGUAUGGAGCGCUGCACGUGUGACGAAGCCCCAGACCUGGAGAACCGCAAGGCCUGGCAGUGGGGAGGCUGUGGAGACAACCUGAAAUAUGCCAAUAAAUUUGUCAAGGAAUUUCUGGGCAAACGCUCCAACAAGGACCUGCGUGCACGAGUGGACACGCACAACACAAAUGUGGGGAUGAAGGUAAUCAAGGCUGGAGUAGAGACUACUUGUAAAUGCCACGGUGUCUCUGGCUCCUGCACUGUCCAGACCUGCUGGAGGCAGCUCCUGCCCUUUCAUGAGAUCGGCAACCGACUGAAGCUGCGCUACGAGACUUCCGUCAAGGUCGGCAGCUCUACCAAUGAGGCCACUGGAGAGGGAGACAUCUCGACAGGCCGAAACCAGCAGCAGCAGCAGCAGCACUCCCUGCCUGGUCUGAGCGAUCAAAUCCCUCGCACUAUGGAUCUGCUACACAUUGAAGACUCGCCCAGCUUCUGUAAACCCAGCAAAUACUCAGCAGGCACCGCAGCACGCAAGUGCUACAAAGACCAGAACUGUGAUGCUAUCUGUUGUGGGAGGGGCCACAAUACACAAAGUAGGGAGGUGACCGGGCCCUGCCAGUGUCAGGUGCGAUGGUGCUGCUAUGUUGAAUGCAAGCAAUGCACGCAGAGAGAAGAAGUCUACACCUGCAAGGGGUAAAGCAUCAGCUACCGGUUGCCUCAGAAUCAGUGGAGCAAGUCAAAGAUGGUUGGUCUUUGUGAUUCAGGUCUUUGUAAUGAAGAAGACUGGUUGGUUUGUUCUCAUCUGAGGUUGUGCUGCUAUUGUCGGAACAACGUUCUGCAGAAAAUUGAGAAGCAAACCAAAAAAAGCAAAAAGCACUUUGAAUGGAUUAAUGUGGGCUUCAGGGGUCCUGCAAAAUAUUCAGACAACUGGGUUACCAUCUCAAGCUUUUUAAUCACAGCAUUGCCUUGAGGAAAAAAGCUUUUUUUUUGUUACCUGUUUCAGAUAUCCAUAGACAACAUUUUCCAAGAAAAUUAAUAAUCCAGUUGUAGAAUAAAUACACGGAUGGCUUCACAAACUGAUUUCUUAUGGGCUUUGCUCAAAGAACAAUAGAGUGUGUGAGUAUGUUAAAUAUGUGUGUGUUCAUCUUGUGUGCCUUUGCACUCUAGCAAAUGUUUGAGUGAUAAUGUUUUUUAUUCCAGUUAAAAUCAUAUUCUGAGACUCUUCAAAAAAAAAGAAAAAAAAAAAGACUGGGUGUAAGAUUAACUUUACACUCACAUAUUUACACUCACACACAUUGUGUGUUUGCAUAUGUAUGUAAAUAAAACCAGUUAUGAUUUAGUGAUAUUAUACAAGCCACUUAUGUAACUAUGUAAAAUCAAACCACUAAAAACACAAACAUUUUGUUUGUGUUGUUUUUCUCUCUUUGUUUUAAUCCAUUUUGGCAAGUGCCUUUGGAAAACAACACACUUGUAUUUAAUGUCUUGUGGAUAAUUUAUAGAUCCUUUGGGACUACUCCUUUACCAGGAGGAUUUUCUUUUCUUUAUUUUCAGUAAUGUAAUAUGAAACUGUUUCUAAAUGAAUUAACAGAAAACAACUAAACCAAUCAGUUUAGGCUAUUCCUAGCCUUGAGCGAACCAGUGUUCAGGGAAUAACUUAAACCACUAUAUCUAUGAGGAUAAAAUAAUAUGAAAAACAUACAGACAAUUUCAAAUUGGAGAUACCAGUGGUUCAGGCCUGCGUUGUUGCAGCAGAUUAUCAUUUAAACAGCAGACAUGUGGCAUGUGACUCUGAUCAGACUUUAUGGAGCUCUGUGCAGCUUCAUAUUUUUUUUAUUGGUUUUUCUUUUUAUACUUUGUUGUAAAGAAAACUGUGGAGAACUGUAGGAAUGUAACUCCCUACCAUUUCCAUAUUUGCCUCUCCUCUUCAGCUGCCACAAUUUGAUUGAGCCAUAUUACAAUGUGUGCAGUAGAAGUUUAAACAGUUUGGGGCAACUGAGACUGAAAUCUAACCUGACAGUGUGCAGAUUUGCUCUAGUGAAUAUGUAUGUUUAUGCCAUGUAGCUGGCAUAAAUAUAUUUUUGAUAAGGCCGAUGUCUAUGUGAUGUUCCACAAACUGAUGCCUACACAUAAAGCUGGACUUUCACCACUGCCGUCUGUGGGAAGCCAGUGAAGAUUUAUUCAUACACAAGUUAGUCCACCUUUCUUCCUUACUAUAUGUGACUCAGUCAACACAUUGGGUCUUAAUAGGACUCUACAAUAUAAAUUGCAGCGACACUUCAUAGCAAAAGUUCAGCAUUUUAAGAAUUCUACUUUCUUGCUUUUUUAAGCCUGAAUUAGGAGAAUAACAUCUGUGAUGUCUGUGUGAAAGAUUUACACCUGGUUUUUAUAGGCUGAUAGAGUGCUAGGAUAAGCUAUGCUAACCAGCUGCUAAAUGCUAGAGAGACAAGGGUGAAACUCGACAAAAAGUGAAGAACAAUUUCUCAAAACUAUCAAUGUGCAACUCCCUUGAAUAUUACCAGCACACCUAGUAAAGUUUCAAAUAAAAGAUAUUAAAUGCAUUCCUCUUGUUUUGUAGUAGCAUAAUCUCAUACUAAAGCAAACAAAACUAAAGAGCAGCAGUUACUGUCAGAAUGUUAAACUUAUUUAUUAGCUUUUUUAGUCAGAUUAUGCUACUUCAACAAAAGAAUGCUCCUUUACUAGAAUAGAAAAAUCAUUUUUGGUGUUUUGCAUAUUUAGGAAAACAGUGCAAACAGUGCAAAGUUAUUCUGGUGAAGUCACCAGAAUAACUUCACAUUAUUCUGGUGAGAAUUAACUACUGAGUGAGGGACCCAUUUCUGUAUUAUAGCAACAUUCGCGCACUGAAGCCCAAUUCCCUUUAAAGUAUUUUACAUCUGUAUUUAUAGAUACAAUAAAGUGCAGAUCUUUUCUAUUUAAUUUUUUUCUGUUAAUGUAAGUAGCAAUGGUUUCUUCUCCUGUGGUAUAGCGACAAAACUGAGGCACAUGUUUAGCUCUUACAAAAAUUUGAAACAAACCUUUUGAGGACCCCCACAAAACAAAUGAUUUGGUUCAGCAUCAUCACUGUUUCAAACCUGCAAAAUUGAGAAUUUUUUAGUACGACAAUUAGCCAAUCAGAGUACAUUUAAUUCAUUAGUCUCACUUUGGCAUUAAAUUCAUGCUUUAGGAUGCAAACAUCACUUGGCAAAUUCCAAACAUUUUGAUAGGAGAUGGCACUCCAAAUAAAGACUGGUCAAAACACAUACACAGAACUUUGCACGCUACAUGGUGAC